AUGCUAAUGGGAAAAUAUGUUUUUUAUUUGGUGGAACAUAAUAUCCUAACUAAUGUAACAAAUGAAUUCUGGAGAAAGGCGCUAAAAGGGAACAUUAUCCCUUUAAAGAUUUUAGAUAAAAUGAAACUGAAGUGGGGGUUAGGAAUAGAGGAUAUUGACGUUAUAACAUAUUAUUCAAAUAAUCCAAUUGCCCUAUCUAGCUUCAAUAGUAAAUUACUUGAGGCCAUGAAGAAAAAGCUUGAUACUACAGAUAUAUGUGGCAAUUUUUUUCAUUCUUCAACCCUUCCAGAUGCAUCAUUUAAUCAAGAAAAUGUUUUUGACCAGUUAUUAGAAUCUAAUAUGGAUCUAUUUUCUACGAUCAUUGGUGAUAGUCUAGGUGACCUUCCCAUUAUUUAG